AUGCGCGGCGAGAUGGAUUCAGAUGAUGAACGAAACCAUAACGAUAAUGCUUCCAACGCCGGAUCUUCGGACAAUGAGCAGGACGACCACAUGGAUGACCACGACCAGGAAAACGAAGACGAAUCCGAUCACAAUUCUGACGAUGAUGACGAUGUGGAUGGUGACGCUGACCCUGAUGGGGACGAUCAAAACGAGGGCGAUGAGGAAGGCGAUGGAGACGGUGACGGCGACGAUUCGCAGCACCCGCCGGGGCCUCAUCGCUCACGAUCAAGUUCAAAGGAGCCGAAGGAUGUCCGACCACGCCCAAAGCUGAGAGAAGGUGCUGGAACAGCUUCCACAUAUGAUAUUGUACCUUAUGUAGCAGCCCCCCAAUCUACAAGCAUAAACGCUUUUUGCGCAACACCUUGCAUGCGGUGGAUAUUUACAGGAGGAAGCGACGGGUAUAUAAGGCGCUUCGAUUGGUUUGGAAGCAUCAACGGGAGGGUCCCCUUGACUGUUGCUCAACGGCAUCCGUUUGUUGAUAGCGUCACCAGGGCUGGUAUCUUGCUAUCAUACUGGGAGAACGAAGAACCAGUUGUCAAAUCGGAACAUCUGUAUAUACCGGAAACAACGGAUGAUCUAAAGCUAAGUCCCGUAUACAGCUUGGCAGUUCAAAACCAAAGUCUGUGGCUAUUGAGUGGUUUAGAGAGUGGUGGUAUCAAUCUUCAAUCAGUACGCCAUGAUGAAGGAAAGAUUAUCACUACGCUACGAAAACACACUUCGGCAGUUAGUGUACUCACGCUUUCUUCAGACGAAAGGUCCCUUUUAUCCGGGAGUUGGGAUAGGAAUGUCUACGACUGGGAUUUAAACACCGGGCAAACAACACGGGAUUUUCUUUCCAAUGCAGGUCAAGUUUCAAGUAUUGCUUUUAGAUCAAAUUCAGAUAAUUGGCAAGAGAUCAAAAAAGACAGCCUAAUAAAUGGAGCGUCUGGGGGACGAAGGGGAGAUGGUGGUCUUUCUAAUGGGCUUAAUGGAGCAAGUAAAGACGACGGUGACGAGGAUGCGCCAGGAAGCCCGGCAGAGAGCACGAGGAGUUAUGGGAGUUUAUUCGGUGACGAUGAUGAUGAUAUGGGCAUGGGAGGUGGUGAGGUAGAUGAGAUGAGCCAAGCCAUCGCCAGUGGAUCCGGGCUUAAUGGUGAUACAAAGCUUUCUCAAAAUGGGAGUGGGAGCCAAAAAGGCGAUGAUGACGGGGACAUCACUAUGGGUGACAGCGGUUCCGGUGGAACAAAAAAUAGUGGGGGUUCCAAUGGUACCAACGGCGUGCAUCAUCACGAUGUUUCUUCUACCAAUCAUAUUCCUACAGCAGCAUCAUCUUCAGCCUCCACGACGGACCAAAAUGUGUUUCUAGUAUCAUCUAUGGAUGGAACAUUCAGGAUUUGGGAUCGCCGGCAGCUCACGCCUGUCGCAACAAGCACUCCAUCAAAAGGAGUUCCGCCUUGGUGUAUGGAUGCAUGCUGGAGCACGGAUGGUAACUUUGUCUAUGUUGGGAGACGAAAUGGUACAGUAGAGGAAUUCAACGUUCAUAAAGGGGUUGGAGAGCCUGUAAGAACAAUGAGAUUCCCUAUGGGGAGUGGGCCAGUUUCCGCAUUGGCCGCAAUGCCCAAUGGCAGACACCUGAUUUGGUCAGUAUUCCCCACCAAGAACCUUACUUGA